AUGUAUUAAGGUAGAAUGGAUGAUAAUCAAUGGAUUAAUGAUGAUCAUAUGGAUUAGGUAUUAAUAUAUUUGUUAAAUGAAAGCCUGAAGAUGUAGGAUUUGACAAGGAAGAGAUAACAAAAGUGGAUUUAUUUGUUAAUAAACCAUUUGAUAUUCCCAAUUUCCCAAAGAAUGAAUAAAUAAAAUAGGCAGGAAUAUCAUCACAUAUGUUUGUGAUAAUAACAAGAUAAAAUAACAUAUAUCGAUGGAGACCAGAAAAAGAUGAUCAUUGUGUGUAGAUGGAAUUACCAGAAGUACAAUAAAGUGGUUUAACAGGUAAAUUAUUGGGAGGGAAAAAGAAUGAAAGAAAAGACAUUAUAUUAGAGAGAUUAUUUUUAUAUGGACCACAUGCUUUGAUAGUUUCAGACAAUGGGGAAAGUUUUUAUAUAAAUGUUAGAUCAGAUAGGAUUAGAUCAAUGGAAUAAUUAAAGGGAAAAUAGAUUAAAUGUAUAGGUUGGGAUGAUUAAUGUGAUGAAACUGAUACUCAUGAAAUAUUGUUAGCAACAAAAGAUUCUAAAAUUUAUAUAUAUAGAAUUGAUUGUAGAUAAGGAGAUGUAAGAGAAGAAGAAGCUAAAUUAAUGGUCACAAUUCCUAAUGAAAGAUAAAUCAAUUAAAUAGAACAAUUUACAGUAAUGUAUGAUAAUAAUAAAUAUGCUUGUGUUGUUGUUUCAACUAACUUUAGUUUAUUUUUCUUUUAUGGAUUGAAUAGUCUUAGCAUUUUAUUUACUAAAUAUAAAGAUCCUUAAAGUGUUGCUAGAGCUGAAUCAUAACCAUCUCGUUAUCAUACUAGUUUAUUAGCUGUAUCUUAAAGGAAAAAUUCAUUUUUAUUUACAAAUGGGAAAUCAUUAAAUUUAUUCACUCUUCCUGAGAAGGAUUUGAAUGAAUCAAUAUUGUAAUAAGCUAAAUAAUUGAAAACUGUUAAUAAUUAUUCUGAAAUGCCAGUCUAAAUAGGCUUAACAGAAUUUCAUUAUUUUAUUUUAAGUGCUGAUUCUUUGACUAUUUUCAGUAAAAUAACUUAAUAAGAAGUAUAAAAAUAUGAACUUAGAGGUAUGGGUAGAAUUAUGGGUAUGUAAUAUGAAAGAGAUGGUAAAGUAUUUUGGAUAUAUUCUGAAAGGACAUUUUGUAAAAUAGAAACUGAAGAUGAAGAUAAGGAAGCAUGGAAAUUAUUAAUGGAUUAAAAAAUGUAUAUAGAAGCUUAUGAAAUAUCAAAUAAGUAUAAUUCAGAAUAUACUAAAUAUAUUGCUGGAUUGUGUGGAGAUCAAUUAUUUUAAUAGAAAAGAUAUAAUGAAGCUGCAUCUUAUUAUUAAAAAUCAUCAAAAAAUUUUGAAGAGAUCUUUUUGAAAUUUUUGAAUUGCGAUGAUAUGAAAGCUAGAAUUGGAUUAGAAUAGUAUUUAAAACAUUUAAUAAAUAAUUUGAAAGGAGAAAUUGAAAGAACAUUGGUUUUGGGAUGGCUUGCAGAAUUAUUGAUAUAUAGAUUAAAUGAGUAAGAGAAGUUAAUACAUGAAACUAGAAAUUAUGAAAAUGAAGCUUAAAGAGAUAAAGAUAUAAAAGAAAAGAAAUAAUAAUUAAAUUAAUUAAAUGAAGAUUUAGAUAAUUUUUUGAAAACUUAUAAAUUAGAAUUAGAUUAAAAUCUAGUUUAUUAAAUUAUGGUAAGUCAUGGUAGAUUAUAAAAUUGUGUUGAAUAUGCUAAAUUGAAUAAUAAUUAUGAAAUGAUCAUUUAACAUUAUAUUAAUGAAGAGAAUUAUAAAGAAGCUAUUAAAAAUUUGAAUAAUGUUAAAGAAAAGAGUUCAAUGGAAAUCAUAUAAAAAUAUUCAUUUAUUCUUAUGAAACAUGAACCAGAAUAAACAUUAGAUAUUUUAUAAAAGAAUAUUAAGAAAUUUGAUUAAACUAAAAUUAUUGGUGGUCUAAUGAAUAUUCCUGUAGAAAAAAGAGAAUUCGGAAUAAGAUUCUUAGAACAUUCAAUAACUAAAUUAGAUUGUGCUGAUAAAAGUAUACAUAAUAUCUUAAUAUUCUUUUUAACUUAACCAUUAUAAAAAGAAAAACUUAAUUAUUAUUUAUAAGAAUAAGAAGCAAUAUUAAAAAAGACAGAAAAAGUUAAUUUUGAUUUAGAUUUUGCAUUAAGAUUAUUUNUUAAAAACAGUUAAUAAUUAUUCAGAAAUGCCAGUCUAAAUAGGAUUAACAGAAUUUCAUUAUUUUAUUUUAAGUGCUGAUUCUUUGACUAUUUUUAGUAAAAUAACUUAAUAAGAAGUAUAAAAAUAUGAACUUAGAGGUAUGGGUAGAAUAAUGGGUAUGUAAUAUGAAAGAGAUGGCAAAGUAUUUUGGAUUUAUUCUGAAAGGACAUUUUGUAAAAUAGAAACUGAAGAUGAAGAUAAGGAAGCAUGGAAAUUAUUAAUGGAUUAAAAAAUGUAUAUAGAAGCUUAUGAAAUAUCAAAUAAGUAUAAUUCAGAAUAUACUAAAUAUAUUGCUGGUUUAUGUGGAGAUUAAUUAUUCUAAUAAAAAAGAUAUAAUGAAGCUGCAUCUUAUUACUAAAAGUCUUCAAAAAAUUUUGAAGAGAUUUUCUUGAAAUUUUUGAAUUGUGAUGAUAUGAAAGCAAGAAUUGGAUUAGAAUAGUAUUUAAAACAUUUAAUUAAUAAUUUGAAAGGAGAAACUGAAAGGACACUUGUAUUGGGAUGGCUUGCAGAAUUAUUAAUUUAUAGAUUAAAUGAAUAAGAAAAGUUAAUACAUGAAAAUAGAAAUUAUGAGAAUGAUGCAUAAAGAGAUAAAGAUAUCAAAGAAAAGAAAUAAUAAUUAAACUAAUUAAAUGAAGAUUUAGAUAAUUUUCUGAAAACUUAUAAAUUAGAAUUAGAUUAAAAUUUAGUAUAUUAAAUUAUGGUAAGUCAUGGUAGAUUAUAAAAUUGUGUUGAAUAUGCUAAAUUGAAUAAUAAUUAUGAAAUGAUCAUUUAACAUUAUAUUAAUGAAGAAAAUUAUAAAGAAGCUAUUAAAAAUUUGAAUAAUGUUAAAGAAAAGAGUUCUAUGGAAAUCAUAUAAAAAUAUUCAUUUAUUCUUAUGAAACAUGAACCAGAAUAAACAUUAGAUAUUUUAUAAAAGAAUAUAAAGAAAUUUGAUUAAACCAAAAUUAUUGGUGGUCUUAUGAAUAUUCCAGUAGAAAAAAGAGAAUUUGGAAUAAGAUUCUUAGAACAUUCAAUAACUAAAUUAGAUUGUGCUGAUAAAAGUAUUCAUAAUAUUUUAAUAUUCUUUUUAACUUAACCAUUAUAGAAAGAAAAACUUAAUUAUUAUUUAUAAGAAUAAGAAGCUAUAUUAAAAAAGACAGAGAAGGUUAAUUUUGAUUUAGAUUUUGCAUUAAGACUAUUCAAAUAAGCAAGUUGUAUAGAUGCUUAAAUCACUAUUUAUGGAAUGAUGUCUCUUUAUACUGAAUCAGUUACUUUAGCUUUAGAUUAUGGAAUGAUUGAAAAAGCUAAAGAAUAUGCUUAAAAACCAGAAGAUGAUGAUGAGAAAAAGAAGAAAUUAUGGAUGAUGAUUGCUGAAAGAUUAUUAUCUUAAAAUUAAGAUAUUGAUAAGGUUAUUGAACUUACAAAAAAUAGUUAGUAAAUUAAAAUUGAAGAUCUUUUACCUCAUUUUAAUGAAAAUAUCAAAAUUGAACAAUUCAAAGAUGAAAUUUGUAAUUCUCUUAAGAAAUAUAAUGAAGAAAUUGAAAAAUUAAAAGAUGAAAUGAAAAAGUUAUCAGCAAAUUCAGAUUAAUUAAAAAAUGAAUUAAAAAUGACAAAAAAUAAAUUUUUAAUUAUUGAUACAUAAUAAAAAUGUGAUCAUUGUGCUAAAUAAUUAUUCAAUGAUACAUUUUAUAUUUUUCCAUGUAAUCAUGGAUUUCAUAAAGUAAAAUUAACAAAUAUAAAUAGGAUUGCAUAGUUACAAAAAUUAAAUCAUUACCUUAACAUUAAGCUAAUAUUCCAUAGAUAGAAACAUAUGAUAUGACAAUGUAAUCUAUAUUAGUCAAAUCAAAUCCUAGUCAGAAUGCUAGUAAAAAAUAAUAAGGUAAUUAAUCAUUUUAUGAUUUGAUCAGAUGGUUAGUCCUUCUUUUAAAUAAUGAAUAUUUUUGGAGGAGCUAAAUAGGAAUAGAGACCAUAAUCCACAUUAACUCCAGAUGAAGAGAAACUAUUGAGAGAAACAAAAGAAAAGUUUGAUAAAAUUGUUGCUAGUGAAUGUAUAUUUUGUGGACCUAAAGUUGUUGAUUCUAUUCAAUUUGGAUUUGAAUUGGAUGCAAGAGAAAAAGAUACAUGGAGUAUAUGA